AUGGAUAUUAGCCCUGUUGGAAUUGCCAAGGCUGUUAUCCCUAAUUUCCCUCUAGUAAUAAAGACAGCCGUUUUAGCAUUGCUUUCUCGGUCCCCAAAUGCUUCGGUCCAGGAUGUCAUCACUGAAGUCAUAGUAGUGACUGCAAGACCUAUGCUUAGCACUCCGGCGGCUAUCUUGAAAUCUCAAAUACAAUCUCAAAUAGACUGGGGAGUAUGGGGACCAAUGUGGAUUGCGAAGUAUACCAUACCAAGACCUCAAGAUGAUUGCCAUGACAACGAAAGAGUCUAUGGUGUUAGAAAUGCUUUAGUGAAAGCAAUAAAGGAGCUUGGGGCCGGAGAUAAUGCUUUCGAUCUACCAGAAAUUGUCGAUGUGCAAGCUGAGUGGACAGGCCAUCGUAGUGGAGUCUCAACUCUUGCUCGUCGACUAAACAUAUCUGAGUGUAAACAGUAUGAGAUGAUGAUGAAAGAAGUGGCUCCGAACAGUCCCACGAUUCUUUAUUUUCAUGGCGGAGCUUUCUGUCUCAUGGAUCCUGUUACUCACCGACCGGCAACAUCUGCGUUGGCUCAACAAACUGGUGGCCGUUGCUUUUCAGUUCGAUAUCGACUGGCACCCCAAGAUCCAUUUCCAUCGGCACUUUUAGAUGCGUUCAUCGCUUAUCUAUCAUUGAUAUCGCCUCCGCCUGGCUCUUUCCAUGAACCUGUUCCUCCCAAAAAUAUUAUUUUCUCGGGUGACUCAUCAGGGGCAGGAUUAGCGACAUCGCUUUUGCUACUAUUGACAACUUUGAAUCGUAUGAGGAUUGACCAUAUUCAUUUUAAUGGAGUGAAUGUGCCAAUCGAUGCGACCGAAGUUGCUGGCCUUGCCAUUACUUCGCCUUGGCUUGAUAUUUCCCGAUCCCUCCCUUCCGUACUGAGGAACAUUCAGUACGAUAUAAUAGCACCACCUUCAUCAGAUUACACAAUGCCUCAUCCCAGAUUUCCUCACGAUUCGGUCUGGCCAGCCCGAUCACCUCGUGUUGAGACCUAUUGCGAGUCACCAAUGGUCACUCAUCCUCUCGUCAGCCCUCUUGCGGCUAAGAGAGAGCACUGGCGUGGUGUGGCACCAGUCUACGUAAGUGUAGGUUGGGAGAGUAUGCAAGAUGAAGCAGAGGUUUUCACGCGUAGAUUGCACGAGGCCGGAGGGACAGUCAUAUUCGAUGGGUAUGUGGGUAUGCCGCAUUGCUUUGCUCUCAUGCCGUGGAAUCAAGCUGGAAGAACUGCUUUUGAGAAUUGCGCGAAUUUUUGUGUAGAGGCGGUUCAAGGUAAAAUUAAGAGCACUAAUUUUGGUUCAUGGACAGAUAAAGAUGGAAACGUCGAGACGGUUGAGCUGGGAAAACUAGGAAUGAGGAACAAUGAACGGAAAGUGGACCUUGACGACGUCCUCGUAAAUAAACUUCUAGAAAAACAAAGAAGGUGGAGGGUCGACCUGGAAAAGAAAUUAAGGAACUGCGAAAAAGGCGAAACAAUAAAGAUAAAUUCAAUCAGGAAUGGCAAGUAA